AUGGUGUACAAACUUAUGGUGGAAAUAGGGCGCAUUGUCUUUAUUGGCAAAGGGAAGGAUGAAGGUAAACUAGCAGCCAUAGUGGACGUUAUUGAUGGCAAUAGGGCGCUGAUCGAUGGGCCAGCAUCCGGUGUUGUACGGUGUGUAAGGAAUUUUAAAGAUCUACAGCUAACGAAAUUUAAAAUUCCAUUGAGGCACGGUAUGCGCACAAGGAAUGUGUUAAAGUCUUACAAUGAUGAAAAAAUCAACGAAAAAUGGGCUGAAACCCAGUGGGCAAAGAAAAGAGCUUGCAGAGCGCUUAAAGAGAAGAUGACGGAUUACGAUCGGUUCAAGCUCAUGAGAGCAAAGCAGUUACGCAACAGGAUAAUGAGGAUUGAAUUGGCCAAGUUAAAGAAGGUUGCUGCUGGAAAAGUAACUAAACCUAAAGAUAAAAAGAAAUGA